ACCGAUGUGGUUUCAGCAGACUUGGAUGUUGCAGUGAAGUCCGUCUCACUAGCAGACGAUGCUUCAAACCUGGCCAUGCUUCGGCGCGAGUGCGAGAUCUUGCGCCGACUCGGACACCAUCCGCACAUCAUGUCUGCGCUGGCGUACGAAGAGUGCGAAUGUGAGAUGAUUCUGGUGACUCGGUUGGCCAGCGAGGGCGACCUGUCCCGUCUCGCGCCAAUUGGGUCUUGUCUGGAAGAACUGCAG